ACUUUGGCUCACACACGGCUCUGGGUUUUCAGACACGGCUUCCCCACCGCCCGACAGUAAGGACAGCUCUCGAUCCCCAUUCUCGGCGCGACACCACGCAGUGACGACAAACGCCAUCGCUUAGGACAGGACGGUUCUUGUGAUUGCUGCGAAACUCCCUCAGACUACUGUACUGUAUUUACUGUAUUGGAUGAAGAUGGCAUCAUCGGCGGAGGAGGAGGCUGGCAAGACGCACACCCUCCGAUCCCCCGCGGCCGACAUCAACCAUUCAGAUGCAAAAGUUAACGCCGCUAACCAUGGUGGAGACCACCAUCGACUGGGUUUGUGGCAGGACUGCCCAGUUACCUCGGCUCACCUCGGCCAGUCAGCCAGCCUGGUGGUCCUUCAGUCAUUUCUUAGUCAAUCAAUGCCUGUCCUUGGCACGACCUCCCGACGUCUACCUUCCCUGCUCGUCUUGGCACGCCGCUCCCAGGCUUGGAAUGGAAUGGGCCUCGAUCGCCCUGCCGGCUAAAUCCAACCAGACAUGGGAUGACAUUGAAGCCAAGUAACGUGUAUACGUACUACAUAAUUACAAAAGUAGCCAAAAAG